AUGCGCCUUCCACUGCCCGGGAGCCCCUCGUCUUCCUGGGACGCCUACGCCGCGCGCCUGAAUGCCCUCUGGCACCAUCGAAACAUGAAGGUCGUCGCGGCGUUUUGGCUGUUUGGCCUCAUCAAUAAUGUGCUCUACGUCAUCAUCCUCUCGGCCGCCCAGGACCUCGUCGGCACCGUGCCCAAGGGCGUCGUGCUCCUCGCCGACGUGGUACCCUCCUUCUUCGCCAAGCUCGUCGCACCAUACUUUAUCCACCGCGUCCCGUACCGCACCCGAGUCUUUAUAUUCUGCGCCCUAUCCGCCGCGGGCAUGUGCCUCAUUGCGCUGACGCCGUCCACGACGUCAAUCGCGGUCAAAAUGGCCGGCGUCGUGCUCGCCAGCUUGAGCAGCGGCGGCGGCGAGCUAAGCUUCCUCGGCCUCACGCACUUUUACGGCCCCGUCAGCCUCGCUGGCUGGGGCUCCGGUACCGGCGCCGCUGGUCUGGUCGGCGCGGGCCUGUACGUCGCAAUGACGGAGUGGUGGCGCUUCAGCGUCCGCACCAGCCUGCUGCUCUCGGCCGCGCUGCCCGUCAUUAUGCUCGUCAGUUUCUUUUGCGUGCUGCCGCAGGGACCGCUGCGCAAGGGCACGACGGGCCAUGGCGGCUACGGCGCGCUUUCGGGAGACGAUGCCGGGGAUGACGAGGAAGAGAGCCCGGCAACCGCAGCGCUUCUGAACCCAAGACAGGGACGAGGUGCGGCCAGCGGCGCGUCCGAACUAUCGAAUCUGAAAGCCAAUCUGAGACGCGCCAGGUCACUCAUCGUUCCAUAUAUGCUGCCGCUUCUUCUUGUUUAUGUCGCCGAGUACACAAUCAACCAGGGAGUAGCCCCUACGCUUCUCUUUCCCCUUGACGAGUCGCCUUUUACUGAAUUUCGCGAGUUUUACCCAUUCUACGGCUUCCUCUAUCAACUCGGCGUUUUCGUUUCGCGAUCAUCCAUAAGCUUUGUGCGCAUUCGCCAUCUAUACUUUCCUUCCUUUCUUCAGAUUGGAAACCUUGUGCUGUUGACCCUGCACGCCAUGGUCUUCUUUUUGCCGUCCGUUUACAUUGUAUUCAUCAUUGUAUUCUGGGAGGGACUGCUGGGCGGAGCUGUCUACGUGAACUGUUUUGCCGAAAUCAUGGAAAAUGUGCCCGAGGACGAGCGCGAGUUUAGUCUCAGUGCCACAACCGUCAGCGAUAGUGGUGGAAUCUGCAUCGCAGGGCUUAUAGGCAUUGUCAUGGAAACUGGUCUCUGCAACUACCAAGUCGCGCAUGGUCGCGACUGGUGCAAACAGAUCAAGGUUCAGCAUGGGUAG